AUGAGUACUUAUAAUUCAGUAACACCAACUGCUUUGGGAGCGUCAAGACCAGCAGCACAGCCAGCUAUCAGCAAGCCAGUAACCAAUGCUCUGCCUCAAGGAUUGACAAGAUUUGUAGAGGUUUGUCAUGAAAAAGCUGCUGCUCAACGUUUUGAUUCCAAGGCUACAGCACAAAUGCAAUUACAACUGAAGAUUUUAAUAGAGAAGGCUAACAAUCAAGGGGUAUUAUGGGAGAAUGAUUGGCUAUCGCAAGAGCUUCCUGUUUUCAACAGCGCUGCUUCUUUAGAAUUAGUUGGAAAAUUAGCUAAACCAAGUUUUAACAUUAAAAAGAAACUAUUAAAACGUGGUUCUAGUUUUGAUAGUCAAGAUGAUGAAGAUGAAUUAAUUUCAAGCUCAAAAAAGAAAGCUAGAGCUGCAAGAUUUGAAAGAGAAUUAAAAUCAGAAUCACCUAGACCAAUUUCUGCUAAUGAUGAAGUUCUCGUAGGUGAUAGAAAUAAAGCAGUAAAAGGUACAUGUCAAACUUUAGAAAAAUCAUAUUUAAGAUUAACAUCUGAACCAGAUCCUUCAAAAGUUAGACCUCAACACAUUUUACAAAGAGCUUUAACAUUUAUUUUGGAUAAAUAUAAAAAUGGUGGUAAAUAUACUUAUGUUUGUGAUCAAUUAAAGUCUAUCAGACAAGAUUUACGUGUUCAACUUCUUGAAAACCCCUUCACUGUAAGAGUUUAUGAAACUCAUGGAAGAAUUGCACUUGCUAAUAAAGAUUUGGGUGAAUUCAAUCAAUGCCAAUCAGUUUUGAAAAAUUUAUAUCAAAUGUCUAAUUUAAAUGAAUCUGUUAAUAAAACAGAAUUUUUAAGUUAUAGAAUUCUUUAUCAUAUUUUAACUAAAAAUUAUGAUUCUAUUAGUUUAAUUAAAUUGAAAUUAACUCCACAGGAGAAACAAGAUCCAUUAAUUGUUCAAGCACUACAAAUUCUUAAAGCUCAUAUUUCCAAUAAUUAUCAUGAUUUAUUCAAAUUAUAUUCCAAAACCAAAGGUACAACAAGGGAUUUAUUCAAAUGUUUUAUUGAUGGUGAAAGAAUUAAAGCUUUAGCUGUGAUUUGUACAGCAUAUAAAGUUUUAAGCUUGGAAUUUUUAUUGAGAGAAUUUAAUUUUGAUAAUGAAUUGGAUUGUAUGACAUUUAUUAAAGAUAAACAAAUUGAAAAAUUCGUUGAACUUCGAGGAGGAGAUAAUGUUGUUUAUUUGAAUACAAAUAAUGCAAGAGGUACAAUUUUAGGAUUAUUAAAUUCUAAUAGAAGAUUGGAUAUCAAAGGGCAAAUUUAG